AUGUUCCGACAUCACCUCACCCGGCGUGAACGACAGCGGCCAAGCUAGAUGGUACUUCGACACGGCAGCUAACGUUGGGGAUUUGCAUUUCCAAAGGAAGAGCUAUCCUUUUAUCUCACUGUGGAGCCAGACUGUUCUACCAUGGCUCUUUACGAAUAUGUCACUCAGGAGCAGCUUGCGGGCUUCGACAAAUACAAGUACAGCGCAGUGGACUCGAAUCCCCUGUCUGUCUACGUCAUGCACCCUUUCUGGAACUUUGUAGUAAAGUUUCUACCAACAUGGUUGGCUCCAAACCUCAUUACAUUUACAGGCUUUAUGUUCCUUGUGUUGAAUUUCCUUAUGUUGGCCUUCUACGACUUUGACUUCACAGCCUCUGCUGCAGGACAUGAACAUGUGCCUAGUUGGGUCUGGGUUGCUGCAGGGAUCUUCAACUUCCUGGCCUAUACACUCGACGGAGUUGAUGGGAAACAGGCUCGUCGCACCAACUCCUCCACACCACUAGGGGAGCUGUUUGACCAUGGCCUGGACAGUUGGGCCUGCAUCUUCUUUGUCGCCACCGUCUAUUCCAUAUUUGGGCGUCUGGAAAGUGGCGUGGGCGUGGCCACACUGUAUUACAUCCUGUGGGUGGUGCUGUUCUCAUUCAUUCUAUCUCACUGGGAGAAAUAUAACACCGGCAUCUUGUUUCUGCCGUGGGGGUACGACAUCAGCCAAGUGACAAUCUCCCUCGUUUACUUGGUCACUGCUGUGGUCGGCGUUGAAACAUGGUACCAGCCAAUCCUGUGGCACUUCCUCUACAGAGACCUUUUCAGCUUUAUGAUCAUCGCCUGUUCCUUUACUGUGACCUUACCCAUGAGCCUCUUCAACGUUCUCAAGGGUCACCGCAGUAACACUCUGAAGCACAGCAGCCUGUACGAAGCCUUCCUGCCCUUCCUGUCUCCCGUCCUCCUCUUCGUCCUGUCCACCAUCUGGGUGGUCUUCUCUCCAUCCAACAUCCUGGAGCUGCAGCCCAGGACCUUCUACCUCAUGGUGGGGACAGCCUUCGCUAAUGUCACGUGUAAGCUGAUUGUGUGUCAGAUGAGUAACACACGUUGCCAGGCGCUGAGCUGGCUGCUGUUGCCAAUGACGCCAGUGGUGUUGUUAGCGGUGACCGGUGUGGUUGCUAACGAGAGCCUGCUGCUUUACCUGUGGACAGCUGCUGUCAUAUUAGCACACAUACACUACGGUGUUUCAGUGGUACAACAGCUCAGCAACCACUUCAACAUUUUGGCCUUCUCGCUGAAGAAGCCAAACAGUGACUGACAGGAGGAGGAACGAAUCGGCUUGAAAGAAGCGGAGGUUUAGGCUCCUCCCCUCCUCGGCUUAUCGACACUUCACUCUCAUCACCACGGAAACCUCAUCCCCUCCCCCCCAAACAUGAGGACAUUUCAAGUGGAAAAGACUGUGUUUCCACUGUCCCUAAACACAAACACACACACACACACACACACAUACACACACACACACAUUCCCACCUAACCAACCAAACUCUGGCCUCUGCGAUGGGGCGGGCCCAGGGGCUCUGGCUUCCGUCAUUGGUGAUUGGCUAACUUGGUUGAGCCAAUGAGGUGCAAUUGUUUCCUACGGAAAUGUGCUUCAGUCAUGAGGACAGGAGCCAUUAAAACACACACACACAAAUAUAUGUAGAUUAAUUAUUCUGCUUUAGUGCAGAUCAUUUCUAUCUGGUGGCAGGUAUUUCAACAGAAAGACAGCCACACACAAACACACACAAACAGUUGCACUCACAUAGUAUUAUGAAUGUAUAAUAUGCCUUGGGGAAAUGCCAUUUAAGUCUUAUUAUAUUAUUAUUAUAUUAACAGGAAUGCCUCAAGUAUGUGUUGUUUUAAACCUUUAAACUGUGGCCACAUGUGGCUCGUACAUCCACAGCUGUGUCCACAGUUUAAAGGUUGUCACGUUUUUUUUUUUAUUAUCAUGGGAUGAUUUUCAGUUGGAAGUCCCACUGAUAUAUAUGUUAAUAGCUAUAUAUAUAGUGUAUGUGUUAGGGGCUUGGGGCAUUUUAUUUUAAAACUGAAAUGAAACUUUAAAACAAGAUUACUCCAGUAAAACAUUGUAUACAUUUCCCUCUAAUGAAAACAGAGUUGGAUUUUGACUAACCAGGGCAACAAAUGACCAGGGCGACCUCUGACCUUUUGAACUCUACUAACCUUCCACCUGGACCUCUGACAGAGCACCGGCCUCCCAGCUCUCCCUUCCUUUCUGAGGUGUCGUGUCUUCAUGCUGAUUCGUUCUCUUUUUGUUUUUUACUUCCUCUUUUUUUUUUUUUUACUAUAUAUACACAUCUUUGGUAGUACUUUAAUUUGUUGCCAUGGCAGUGGUUUGUGGUUCAGUUUGCGCAGGGCUUGAAUGAAGAGUGCGUUCAAAAACCGUCAAUGGAGCGGACUCACUCUGAGGGAACAAGCCGUCGCACAGGACACCGCAAACACCACAGCAGCGCCUGGCGCCUCACUGAUAUUAUCACACCUUUUAUACUGUCUGUCAGAUAAUUUGUGGAUUGUUUUGCGUGUUUUUUUUUUCUUUUUCAGUCUGUUAAACACUGUCACUCAAAUUAUGUUUUCCAUGGUGAAAUUGCAUAUUCAGUAGUGGCAGGACUUUGUUUCGCAUUCAACUGGUUUUCACUGCCGGGGCAAGUACGUUUUGAUGGGUUACACAUCAUCUGUGUCACCUCUCAUUUUAAAAACUGACAUGGACAAAAGUGACUAGUCUUGUCUUUAUUAAAAGACUUUCUCAGAUCUCUAGUGUCUGUUGACAAAGACUAAGGGAUGAAGUUUUCCACUAGUCUUCUUAAACUGUGGUUCUCACCCAAACUAGAUCAUUUUAGCCCACAAAGUCCACUGGGGCUCUGGUUUACAUGUCAUGCCAGUCAAAAUAACAGGUGUCUCCAGCCAGCUAAACUGUCGGUCCAGUGUUCAGGUUUGAAAAAUGUUCAAAUGAAUCACAAUAACAACUGUUGGGAAAGCUUUGUGACGACGAGUUGAGUUGGGAGUUCUUUCUGUCUGCUAUGUGAGUCUAAAUGUGAAGUCACGUUAAUAAUCAUCUCAUAUACGGUAAAAGUGUGACGAUACUUUCUGAUUAACACGUACAUUAGAUACACUGGGAAACAUAUGAAAAUGUACUUAAUUGUACUUAUUUUUACCACUUGUCCAGAAGUUUUGUACAUAAACUGUUAUUGAGCAAAACUGAACAUUUAGACCGCAGCCCUGUAGUGUCUAUCAUGACUGGGAGAAACAAUGUAAGAUCAAACUCUACUGCCAUAAUACCCAGUAAAGUAGCCUGUGUAGGUUGCAGCUGAGGAAAGCUUGCAUGCAGUCAUAAGCACAUAAAUAUUAGUAGAAAUUUGAUUUGCCCCACAUCUGUGACUUUGGAGACCGUAGAUUGUAGUGACGUGAAAACAACUGUGACUGAGAUUUCGCCACCAAAACAGUGAACUGUUCUGGUGGGUACAUGCACUGUCUGGAUAUGUGCCGAUCUGUGUGUACAAAGUCUGUUAUUGUAUGGGUGUAUACUCUGUAUGUGUGGAUAUCUGUGUAAAUAUAUAUUAUUUCUUCAUUUUUAUUUUAUUUUCAAAACAAAUGGGAUUGUUAACUGGUAGGUCGAUUUCUCCAAACAAGGGGCAGGUGCAAACCCUGCACAGAUACAUAAGUAUCUCAGCAGCAGUUCCUUUAUCUGACAACAGUUUUUUAAUUUAAAAAUUCAUCUCCGCUGCUGGUUUACAUCGUUGUUUUUUGAUAGUUUGGAGAGGGGGCAGACUGGGUGUGAAGACCCCAGACUGCAAACACUACAAACAGUGCUGAAUGCAACACAGAAUUUCAUAUCAUAUAAAUAGGAAAAUGUUAGCUGGGUGAGAAAAAUUUGUGCCAACGAACAAAGACCAGGCAGAAAUUGCAGAACAAACUAUAAAACAAGCGGAAUUCUCAUCCAGCUGGCAGCUGAAUUCACAUCAAAAUUAAUAUUAUUAUCCUAUAUUGCUAAUUUCCUGGGCAUUUUUUGUAGUGUGCUCCUCAGCUUCACUCACCAAUUUCUAGGAAAAGUCUCAACCCCCUGGAUCAAUGAACCAAGCUGUUCAAAUUGUGACUAAGUUGUUGUAAAAUGCUGCCCUGGCAAACACUCUGGGGCUUCGGUGUGGCUACUUGUGAUGUUGUAUUUAACCAGUGAAAGAAAGGACGGUUCAGAAACAAAUAAAAGUGAAUUUUCUUUAA